GGAUAUGGAGGAGGAAGCUCCGGUCAUGGAGGCUCCAGCUAUGGAGGUUGGGCCUCAAGCUCUGGCAGUGGCAUAUGCAGUCCCCAUGGUGGGGGAAUGAGCUCUGGUGGUGGCAGCAGCUCUGGCAGAAGAGGUUCCAUCUCUGGAGGUGGAGGAGGCGGCUCAGGUAUGGGCAGCUCCAGCUCUGGAGGUGGCAGCUCUGGAGGUGGCUCAGGAUAUGGAGGAGGAAGCUCCGGUCAUGGAGGCUCCAGCUCUGGCAGUGGCAGUUGCGUUGGUGAAGGUGGCUCAAGUUAUGGAGGAGGAGGAAGCUCUGGCAGAAGAGGAUCCAUCUCUGGAGGUGGAGGAGGCGGCUCAGGUAUGGGCAGCUCCAGCUCUGGAAGUGGCAGCACUGGAGGUUGGGGCUCCAGCUCUGGCAGUGGUGGUUGCAUUGGUGGUGGUAGCUCAGGAUAUGGAGGAAGCAGCUCAGGUAUGGGCAGCUCCACCUCUGGAGGUGGCAGCUCUGGAGGUGGCUCAGGAUAUGGGGGAGGCAGCUCAGGUAUGGGCAGCUCCAGCUCUGGAGGUGGCAGAUCUGGAGGUGGCUCAGGAUAUGGAGGAGGAAGCUCCGGUUAUGGAGGCUCCAGCUCUGGAAGUUGGGGCUCCAGCUCUGGCAGUGGUGGUUGCAUUGGUGGUGGUAGCUCAGGAUAUGGAGGAAGCAGCUCAGGUAUGGGCAGCUCCAGCUCUGGAGGUGGCAGCUCUGGAGGUGGCUCAGGAUAUGGAGGAGGAAGCUCCGGUCAUGGAGGCUGCAGCUCUGGAGGUUGGGCCUCAAGCUCUGGCAGUGGCAUAUGCAGUCCCCAUGGUGGGGGAAUGAGCUCUGGUCGUGGCAGCAGCUCUGGCAGAAGAGGUUCCAUCUCUGGAGGUGGAGGAGGCGGCUCAGGUAUGGGCAGCUCCAGCUCUGGAGGUGGCAGCUCUGGAGGUGGCUCAGGAUAUGGAGGAGGAAGCUCCGGUCAUGGAGGCUCCAGCUCUGGAGGCUGGGGCUCCAGCUCUGGCAGUGGUGGUUGCAUUGGUGGUGGUAGCUCAGGAUAUGGAGGAGGCAGCUCUGGUAUGGGCAUCUCCACCUCUGGACGUGGCAGCUCUGGAGGUGGCUCAGUGUAUGGAGGAGGAGGAAGCUCCGGUCAUGGAGGCUCCAGCUCUGGCAGUGGCAGUUGCGUUGGUGAAGGUGGCUCAAGUUAUGGAGGAGGAGGAAGCUCUGGCAGAAGAGGAUCCAUCUCUGGAGGUGGAGGAGGCGGCUCAGUUCUGGAGGUGGCUCAGGAUAUGGAGGAGGAAGCUCCGGUCAUGGAGGCUCCAGCUCUGGCAGUAGCAGUUGCGUUGGUGAAGGUGGCUCAAGUUAUGGAGGAGGAAGAAGCUCUGGCAGAAGAGGAUCCAUCUCUGGAGGUGGAGGAGGUGGCUCAGGUAUGGGAAGCUCCAGCUCUGGAGGCUCCAGCUCUGGCAGUGGUGGUUGCAUUGGUGGUGGUAGCUCAGGAUAUGGAGGAAGCAGCUCAGGUAUGGGCAGCUCCAGCUCUGGAGGUGGCAGCUCUGGAUGUGGCUCAGGAUAUGGAGGAAGAAGCUCCGGUCAUGGAGGCUCCAGCUCUGGCAGUGGUGGUUGCGUUGGUGGAGGUGGCUCAAGUUAUGGAGGAGGAGGAAGCUCUGGCAGAAGAGGAUCCAUCUCUGGAGGUGGAGGAGGUGGCUCUGGUAUGGGAAGCUCCAGCUCUGGAGGUGGCAGCUCUGGAGGUUGGGGCUCCAGCUCUGGCAGUGGCAGAUGCAGUCCCCAUGGUGGGGGAAUGA